AUGGAGGCCAGUGCAGCGCCCAUGGCCAGACGCCUGAUGCCUGAAGACACCUUCACUGAGAACUUCAACAAUGUGGUUUGGCAGAAGGCGACCUAUCUGUGCUAUGAGGUGGAGCUCCCGGAUGGCGACUACAGGGUCCCGCCAGGCCAGGACAAGGACUUCCUGCACAACCAGGGUGGUCACAUGGCCGGGCCACCCCGCCACGCAGAGAUGCGCUUCCUGGACCUGAUCUCUUCUUGGAACCUGGACCAGGAUCUGUGCUACAGGGUCACCUGUUUCAUCUCCUGGAGCCCCUGUGCUGUGUGUGCUCAGAGACUGGCUGAGUUCCUGCGGGAGAACAGCCACGUGAGCCUGCGCAUCUUCGCUUCCCGCAUCUACACCAAGGGAGAGAAUGGAGACUACAGGGAGGGACUGCGCACCCUGCAGGAGGCUGGGGCCCAAAUCGCCAUCAUGACCUCAAAAGAGUUUGAGCACUGCUGGAAGACCUUCGUGGACAACCAGGGAAGGACCUUCCAGGCCUGGGAUGAGCUGGAUGCUGAGAGUCGCUACUGGUCCAUGGAGCUGCAGCGCAUUCUACAGCCGACUGCUCCUCCCUCCCUGCCUCCCCUCUACUUUCCUCCCUCCCAUCCUGUCCCUGGCCCUUCCUUUCACUCACUCAGAGGCUCCUCUGGGUGA